UGGAAAUACCCUGUCGGACGACGCACAUGACCCGGAAGCCGACCGACCUGAGCAUGAUGGGCGUGCCCCCGAGCCACCCGAACCCGCUCAAGCGCACGCGCAGCGCGACGGCGCGAGAGGCGACGGAGCUGCCGCCGACGAUGCCAAGCAUGCCCAGCAUGCAGCUCAGCAUGCUCAACAACGGCGGCUUGCCCUCGAUGUUGCCGAGCCUCGAGCGCCGCAGCUCGUCGACGUUCUCGAUUAGCAGCCUCAUGCCACUGGACCGAGGCAUGAGCAACAUGGGCAACAUGGCGCUGCCGGUCUUCCACAGCUCGGCAGAGCCGCCGUCGCGCCAGAGCUCGAUGCUCGUGUCCGAGUACAUGUACCCGGCGGACAUCCAGCCCAUGACGUUUGACGACAAGCAGCGCCUCGUGCACCGCAUCACGAUGCUGCCGAGCCAGUACCUCCGCGGCCUCAUCGACGUCAUUAAAAAGUACCAGCCCGACACGGUGCGCCAGCUCGACGAAGAGUAUGUCUUUGACUUGGAGCAAAUGCGCGAAAACACCGUGUAUGCGAUCCAAGACUACGUGCAGAUCGCCUUCUCAGAACUCGACGAGUACGUCAAGACGCUCACGACCGCGUCCAAGCCGUCGCAGCAUUCGAUGGGCAUGAACAUGAUUGAGAACUACGAGGCGCCGCGGUAUGGGGCAUCGGCCAAGUCGAGUCUCGACGAGCCGCAGUCCAAGCGCCGCCACACGGUCACGUCCGCGGCCGUCGACAAUGCGACCAAGCAAGUGCUGCAGACGAACGGCCAGAUCAAGUUUAUGGAGCAAGUCGAGAUGUACUCGAAGCCCAAGACGAGCAAGACGAAGACCAAACCGUCGCAGCGCCACCAGUGCGAGACGUGCCAAAAGAUGUUUCGCGGCCGGUCCGAGCUCCAGAACCACAUCCGCACGCACACGGGCGCCAAGCCGCUCGUGUGCUCGUACGCGGGCUGCGGCAAAACGUACGCGCACAGCUCCAACCUGCGCGCGCACGAGCGCAGCCACGAAGGCAUCAAGCCCUACGUGUGCCACUACGACGGCUGCGGCAAGCGGUUCGCGCACAGCGUGUCGCUCAAGGAGCACAUUUGGAUGCACGCUGGCGUCCAGCCGUACGAGUGUCCGUUUCCGGGCUGCGGCAAGCGGUUCACGCAAGUGUCUAACUUUGCCCGGCACAAGAAGCUCCACGGCGCCGCGGCCUCCAAGGCCUCGAGCGCCAACGAGUCGACCGUCAACUUGUAGACGCGUCUCGCCGUAUUUAACAUCCCGUGUCAGUAAUAACCCAUUAUUUCUUGCGUA